CCCACUAAACACCCACUAAACACCCAAUCUGUCCCUCCUACGACGUGCACCGACUCGGGGAGACUCAUCAUGGAGCAGGGUGCACCCAGCGGGAUUCUCUCCCCGCCAGAGCUCACGCCACUCGAGCAGGAGGUCCUGGAUGAGUACGAGCGUCUAGCCGACAACAUGAACAAGCUGGCUACUAUCCUCGAACACCUUGCAUCCAACCCUAGCACCGAGAUCCUCGAUAGCCUGCGCGAACUCGAGCGCAAGACGAGCCUGGCGUUUACCCUCCUCAAAGCUAGCGUGUACAGCAUAGUUCUACAGCAAGAGAUUGACUGGGGUGAUGGCUCGACGGCGCAGUAA